GCACCAGUGCAUAAACCCUAAACCCUGGAGACUUGCCCAAGUCCUCUCCUCUCUACCUCUGUUGUCAGCCAUGCAGUUGCCAAUUUUCCUCCAACGUUCCAGAACCAUGUCAGACCACAUCCGAACCCGAAUCUUAGCCCGGCUCAUGGGCGGAGGUCCACGAACCUUCCCUGGUGGCCUGAACAAAUGGCAAUGGAAGCGCCUCCAUGAGAAAAGAGCCAGAGAAAAAGAAAAGAGAUUGCUCGAGCAAGAGAAACAACUAUACCAAGCCCGAAUCCGCUCCCAACUUCGACACAAACUCGCCGGAAAAACUGACCUGGAUUCUAAUCCGGAUACAAACAUUUCUUACAGCCCUAUGACCCCCAAGGACCACGUCAAAGCCCUUGCUGAUCGUUUCAUGAAAGAAGGAGCUGAAGACUUGUGGAAUGAAAACGACGGCUCGUUGAAAUCUCCGUUGCCGAAAUCAAUUGAAAGGACAAUACCAGUUGGGCCGAAUGGACGGCCGGGAUCGAUCAAUUCGCCGAUCGAUUUGAGGAAAUUGAUAUCGGAGGCUCCGAAUAUAUCACAUAAUUGCGAAAUUUUUAGCGAGGGUUAUAAUUACGUAAAAGCAAGGGAUUAUUCGGUGCAGAGAGGCACACAUAACAAGGGUUUCUCUUCUCCUAAAUUGAGGAGAUUUCGGAGAUCUGGGAGUUCUUCCAGCGAUGACGAGGAUGACGAUUAUGGAUUUGAUUCGUAUAACGAGGGGGAAAGGCGAGGGAGAACGGCGGAGGAGAUCGGGAGUAGAGCUGCUUUAAGGAAGUACGACGUGAAAGUAACGAAAAGAGUGCCACUUAAGGAGCUUGAUAAGGAGUCGGAUUUUGCGAAGGAAGUGGAGUUGAUUAGGCAUGAGCUUGGGAAGAAAAAAUUGGCGGAGAAUCAAGGUGAGAAUAAUGAGACAGCCGAGGAGGAAUCAAUUCUCAGUCAGAAAAGAUUUGACGAAUGUGGUUUAUCACCAUUGACUGUGAAGGCACUUACAGCAGCUGGCUAUGUUCAAAUGACCAGGGUGCAAGAGGCUACUUUGUCCGUUUGCCUUGAGGGCAAGGAUGCUUUGGUUAAAGCCAAAACUGGGACAGGCAAAAGUGCUGCUUUUUUGCUUCCUGCAAUUGAAACAGUUCUGAAAGCAAAAAGUAGCAAUUCUAAUCCACGGGUGCCUUCCAUUUAUGUUCUUAUUAUCUGUCCAACAAGAGAACUAGCAAGUCAAAUAGCUGCUGAGGCAAAUGCUAUGCUGAAGUACCAUGAUGGCAUGGGUGUGCAAACACUAAUUGGGGGUAUACGUUUCAAAGAUGAUCAGAAGCGCCUUGAAUCAGAUCCAUGCCAGAUAGUUGUUGCAACUCCUGGUCGGCUGCUGGAUCACAUUGAGGAAAAAGGUGGUUUAUCUGUGCAUUUGAUGGGCUUGAAGAUGCUUAUACUUGAUGAAGCUGACCAUCUACUAGACCUGGGGUUUCGAAAAGAUGUGGAAAAAAUUGUAGAUUGUUUGCCCAGGAGGAGGCAAUCCUUGCUGUUCUCAGCAACAAUUCCAAAAGAGGUUCGGCGAAUAUCUCAGCUUGUAUUGAAAAGAGAGCAUGCAUUUAUUGAUAUGGUGGGCCUGGGUUCUCUGGAAACUCCUGCUAAGAUUAAGCAGUCUUUCCUUGUUGUUCCACAUGAAUUGCAUUUUCAAUUGGUGCAUUAUCUGUUGAAGGAGCAUAUCCUACGGACACCUGAUUACAAGGUCAUUGUUUUCUGUACGACUGGGAUGGUAACAUCACUCUUAUAUAUGCUUCUCCGGGAAAUGAAAAUGAAUGUUAAGGAGAUGCAUUCUAGAAAGCCUCAAUUAUACAGAACUCGUGUCUCUGACGAAUUCAAGGAAUCAAAACGAUCAAUUCUUAUUACUUCCGAUGUUUCAACACGGGGAAUGAAUUAUCCUAAUGUUACUUUGGUAAUUCAGCUCGGCAUUCCUGCUGAUCGGGAGCAAUAUAUACAUCGUCUUGGAAGAACAGGGCGUGAGGGCAAAGAUGGAGAAGGAAUCUUAUUGCUGGCACCAUGGGAAGAAUAUUUCCUGAAUGAGUUGGAAGAUCUGCCUCUUGAUAAACUUCCUUCACCUGAUAUGGAUCCAGAAAGUAAACUUAAGGUGGAAGAUUCAAUGUCAAAGAUCGAUACUAGUGUCAAAGAAGCAGCAUAUCAUGCUUGGCUAGGGUAUUAUAAUUCAAUCAGGGAAAUUGGCAGGGAUAAAACAACGCUUGUUGAACUAGCCAAUCGAUUUUCUGAGUCAAUAGGCUUACAAAGGCCACCUCCUUUGUUCAGGAAAACAGCACUGAAGAUGGGUUUGAAAGACAUCCCUGGUAUACGGAUUCGAGCAUGACAUUUGCUGGAGUGACUGGGAAAAGAUAAGUGUUAUUAGAGAUGAAAAAUCUAGCACUCCAUCAAUUUUUGGCUGGGGAACUAUGGUCGGCAGAAGUAGAGGCCGAAGUGGAGGCAACCAACCCCAACAAGUAGAGUUUGGCUGGGAUGCAGAGAAUGAUCAACAUCAAGAACCAGCAGGAGCCCAAAUGGAGAAUCCAAAAGGUGACUCAAGAAGAUCUUCAGGUCGAGGAUGAAGUUGAGGAUGUGAAUCCUUUCAUGAAGUUGGACCUGCAAAUCGUGCAGAGAGAGGCAUAUUGGAAGUAGGGUUACCACAGGCCCUUGAUUUGAAUGGAGUUAUAGUUGAAGUAGCUGAUUUUCAUGGAAAGUUACAUGAGGAUUAUUUGGAUUGGAAAAACAGUUUGAUAGAAUUAUUUCAAAUGGAAGAUGAUGGCAGAUGUUGAGAUAUUUGAAGAUGCUGUAAAUAACUUGAUUUGCAGUAAUUGUGUGCAUAAUUAGGUGCUAGAAUUAUGUAUAAUUAGGUGGUUGAUUUUCUUAUUUGUAUACUUAUAGACAACAUAAAUACUCCAAUUAGCUUGAGGGGAACCAUCAAGCUCAUAUUCUCUCAUAAUCUUACUUUCUUUCUCUCUUUUUCACUUAUGUUUUAUGGUAUCACAGCCAAAAAUUUUGGCCUCUUUCUUCCUCCUUUAAGCGGCAGAUUUGCCAUCUCUUGUUGGAGACUUUCUGAAAUCUGAAAUCAGUUGAUCUCACCAUUCUGCCCAUCAGUCUCAUUGACAACAGAUUGGUGCCCCCUCAAAGCGCUCACUAAACCACCUCCACAUGCAACCCCCUACUCUUCAGCAUUUGGUACAUGGAGCCGUUUUCCAGUGUCACGCUAGCAACACCUCCAACACCCUUGCCAGGAAGAGGAGACUCUAGCCAAGUGGAUUCCAUCACCUGCUCACUUCUCUAGUCCCUUCUACAGACCAGUAGCUUCAGCUCCACUAUUCCAUGCUUUGAGUCUACCGUUCCAGCAGUUUCAAGAUCUCUAUUUGGUUUGCACACACAUUUUUUUUCCAACUAUCUAUCAAUAUGCUUGAGAGACAGGAAGCCUCCAAUUCAAGUUGUGAGUUCCUUAAACUAUUUUUUUUUUAAAUUGUUAGCUCAUCAAACAUCACUAUUGUUAAAUUACAAGUAAAUAACAAUUAUGCGUCAUGAACUGCAGCAAUAGAAUUCUGGUUUCUGGAUCAGGGAUAUGAUGAUAUUGAAAAAAUUGUCACUGUCUCAUUGAUAGAACAAGUUGGGAUGCUCAAUUAUGUAAUCUUUUGUGGCAUUUGUUCGAUCAAACUACUUAUUUGUUUCAAUCUUGUAAAACCUGUUGUAAUUUUUGGACUAAGGCUAAAAUGUUGUACAAUGCAUUUACAAGGUUGUAUAAGAUAUUGUUCACUUAUAAUAGAAUCACUUAGGACAGGCAAAGAUGAUGGAACAUGAAUUUUAACUCUCAUGCCUUUUUUUUAAUAAUAUUACUGCACGAGAGACAAUGAGAUAAGUUUUUUAUGGUAUUGGCAUUGACUGGCUCCGAUCUGACCUUGGCCAUUAUAAGAUCGAAUUUUAACUAGUCAAAUCAUUCCUACUCUAGAAAAUGUGUCGGCUAAGUUCUUACACAUCUCCCUCAGUAAGAAUAACUCUACAAGUUGAACCCUCAGUCUUAGUUGUGAAACGUGAACAUCAACAAGGACAAAACAAGUAUUAGAAAGGGAAGAAGUCCCAUUACACUUGAUGUGAUAAAAGUGGUCACACGGGAGAUACUUGUUGGGCAUUGCAUGCUGACCUCACAGCCUAACUAAUCUAAUAGUGGUAGUCUAUUAGCUGUUCAUAUGGCCCAAUCUAUUGGAGAUGACUUGAUUCUGCAACCUGAAAAUAAAUCUCAUAUAUUAGAUUCAAUCACCUUACUAGAGCAGGUUGCAAGGAAUAUCUACAGUUCUAAACAGCUACGCAACAGUCCUCUUAAUCCAGUAUUGCUCUCUCUAUUACUUUCUUUGCUCAUCUAAGCCUUCACCUAUUGUCCUAUGAAUCCUAGACUCUGGUACUUUUGAUCAUAUAUAUGGUAAUUACACCCUUUUCUCCGCUCCUAUUUUACCUUCUUCACCAUCUAAAGCAACAUUAGCUAAGCAUUCACAAGCUUUAGUUAAAAGAGUAGGAAAAGUACUUCUUCCUUCUGGUUCCUUAAUUACAGUUAUAUUCACUCCUAAAUGUCCAUAUAACUUAAUCUCCAAUAGCAAAUUGAUUAAAAACCUUUAACUAUUUUAUAACAUUUACUACUGAUUAUGCUAUUAUGUAAUGUAGGACUAGGAUACUAGAAAGAUAAUUGGAGCAAGAUAUGAGUCACAAGGAUCAUACACCUCUCUACUUCCAAGUUCCAACUUGCCAAUUACUUUUGUUUCUCUCACUUCUACUGAACUCAUUCCCAAUCGUUCGGGACAUUUAAGUCUUACCAAGUUAUAGACAAUAGUUCCAAGUCUUUCUUCAUUGUCUUAUUUGGAGUGUGACAUGUCAAACUCUGAAACAAACUCAUACUUCAUUUUCCCAAAAAGCCAAUAAUAAAAUCACUUAUG